AUGGCAGAAGCCCUCCUUAUCAUAUUGGCUCUCGAUUACGCACUCCAGGUCCCAUUACCCCUAGUUCUAGCAUCUGUUCUUCGGAAAGCCAGCAGGGACCUUGUUCAUUCCUCCAAGUUUGUAAUCGGGAUCACGAGGAAACUCGUGGGAGCUCGUGUAAAUCAGCCAAACAGCAAUAUCAAGAAACCUCUUAACAAGACUGAACAAAUUACGACGCACAACGAUCUCAAGCUAAACAAGGGACAUGAACCCAUUAGUGCUGUGGAAGGACAAGCACAAUCUUCUCCUAAGCCCAAGAGUAAUCAUCGUGGUUUCCUACGCGCACCUGUAUCCAAGGGUCCCCCUAACACCUGCCGGGUUCAUAAGAAUAGUGUUGUAGGAUGUGCAACCUUCUUCGACCAUAACAAUUACGAAUACAAGUUGCUCUGUCAUGGGGAGCUCUACUUCCGUCCCAAAGGCACACACAUGUUCCGCAACGGUCCCGUUGUACCCAAAACCCCCGGCAAUUUGUUCGCCGUAAAGCUCGAUAAUACAGGAUCAAACGUCGUUACUUUCUGCUUUGGGCCUGGCUCUAGAGCACUUGGUGAAGUCAAUGGCUAUGCUGAGUUUCGCCCAGUGCGAACUCGCAUAGCUUCAAGUCAAGAAGCACACGGCCUCGAAUAUGUCCCAGGACAGGGAUGUGUGUUCGACUGGGUAUACGGAACUUGCCCUUCAUCAGAGUAUCCAUGGGACUAUAACCGACUAUACGAUGUAGGUUGGAUGCAUUCCAGCCCCACCACGGAGGAGCAGUUCAUUUCCAGUGAAGAGGCUCCCGCGGAACAGUGCGCUCUGUUUGCCGACCACUCUCACAGCACCCUGUGGCAAUCUCUCGAGGGUCUCGAUCUAGACAUAGUCAAUCGGUCUCCUAUGCUCGAUAACCUUGGUGGUGAAAUUCAAGUCGGUCUCGCCCACGUGGAACUCAAUGACCGUGUUUAUCAACACGCCAACAACGCACAGCUACUUCCGUCUUCAUCUGGGGCUCCGCCUAGUCUUCCAGUUCCGCUCACCCCUAUUCACCAUUCCGCGGCUUGGACAAGUACUGAUUCUCCGGCGGCAAGCAAGUCGGUCCUUCGCCGAACUUGCACCAUCUGCAACCGUGUUCUACGGCGCCCAAGUGCAUUAACUAUUCAUAUGAACGCUCAUUUGGGGGUCAAGCCAUUCAAAUGCCACGACUGUGACUAUAGCUCCACAAAUAUCACAAACCUUCAGCGACACCAGCAGACGAAGCACACAAACGGAGGAAAGUAG